GUUGUGGUAACGCUUGCGUGGCGGCCUUAGCAACGCGGGGUCGUCGUCGGGACGUGCUUUGGGAGGGCGAACUGACUUAAGGUAUCUUAAGGUAUCUUAGCGCGUCUACUGUCUUGCAGUUGUUCGCUUCCUCGAAACAAGGAUCAUGGCUGUCAGACAGGACAAUCAGUGGUUCAGUGGCCCAGAGUUUAGGGAAUACAGGGAGUACGGUCUGCAGCCAAACCCUCUUCCCCUCAACUUGGAUGCUGUAAUGGACUCUGCCACCGUUACCAAGACCGACUUUAUCGCCCACCCGACAGAAAAGCGACAGCCUUUGAAGCCUGCCUCGGGCAAUCUAAAACAGGAAGGAGCCCUUGACUUCACUUCGUCUUAUAGCACCUCAUUUCAGGGCCGCCCAGGCGAAAGGCGGCAGCCCCUUCGCCGACAGCAAGAAAGACCAGAACUGGGAAAGUUCGUCGGAGAACCGUCGUACAAAGCGGACUUCAAGGAGUGGAGUCUGCCACCACGUCAACGGCGUGAGGCGGACAAAUGGGAUCCCCCGGCUGAGCCGUUUGGAGGGGACUCUGUCACCAAGAAAGACUUCGUCGAGCACCCACCAAGCCCUCGUGAGACCUACAAGCCCCAGGAGAUGUGGAAAGCUCCAGAAAAACCGUUCUCCGACGCUACCGACUAUAGGGAAACUUUCCAAGAACACCCCCUGCCGAAACGAGAGGGUCGAAGGCGAGAAACCUGGAAGCGGCCGGCGGCGAAGUUCGAUGGUAUCACGACCCAGAAGCAGGAUUUCGUCGGCUCCUAUCAGCCUAAGCGAGAAAGUAUGCGGCCCAAUCGUGGAGCGUUCGUCUCGGAUGCCCCUUUCGACGGGACCACGACUUUUAUGACUGACUUCGACGAGAAGCCAAUCAGCCCGCGGUACGUGCACGCCUACCAGCCGUACAGCAAACCCGAAGGCAACAUCGAGUUCCGCACGACAAACAAGGUGACGUACACAGAGUUUCCAGUCCAGAGGACGGACAGCCCAGAGAAGCCCACAUCAUCGCACAUCCUGCGCGGGACCGGAAGCUUCGCCAAGGAGAGCGCCUACCUGUCCGACUUCACCGAGCACCAGAUCCAGCGUAGAGAAAUGCUCAAGCCCAAAGCGAACUACGAACCACCCAAUGCAAGGUUCGAGGGUCAGACCACUAGCCAACGGGACUACGUGGAGAAGGAACUGAGUCCCCGAGAUAACUACCGCCCCAAGAGAGAGGCGCUCCAGUCCGACGAGCCCUUCGAGAACAGCACUGCUUAUAGGGCUAGCUUCAUCAAACACUCUCUGCCACCCAAGCCACUGCGGGAGAAGGAGGUCUACGCUGCACCCAGGGUGCCUUUUGAAGCGCGCACUACCCAGCAGGACUCUUUCUUGGGAGAGUUCGUCCCGAAGAGAAGCAGCUUUAGGCCUGAUUACUCCCAGCUCGCCACGGACGCCAAGUUCGAAGCAAGCACGACCUCCAAGAGCGACUUCAAGAGGCACGAUCUACCUCCUAGGUACCAACACAAAGGCGAACGUUAUACCAAGCCAGAAGGAACCAUGGACAUGCGCACUAGCAACCAGGAGACUUUCCGCGAGUUCCACGCCGAGCGUCAGGCAGUAAACAAGCCUGGCUCCUCCCACGUUCUUUGGGGUGAAGGCAAGGUCGAUGACUGUUCCAGCUACAAGGGGGACUUCGUCAGACUGCCAUUGCAAGGGAGACACGAUUACAAGCCCAAGAACGAGUACCAGCCAAGCUCGGAGAAGUUUGACACCAUCAGCACUCAGAAAGCGUCCUUCACAGGUGUCUACGCUCCGAAGCAGGCCAGUUGCAAGCCUCCUCCCAAACCUUUGCAGAACUUGGGAGCCUUCGACGACGUUAGCUCGUAUCGUCAAGAAUAUGACCGCGAACGUUACACGUGGCAAGACCUGGCUCGCGAGAUUCCACCCAUGUCUGUCUAGAACCAUCCAGAAGGACCCGAUUGAACUAUUAUUCACCUGUUUGUAAAUUUUAUUCGGAACGCUAAGUUCGUUUACUAUAAACGGCUCAAAUAAAGAAGCGGGUUUUUGAUAAUCUAUAAAGUGUGCAACUGUUUCUUUUAAAAGCAAUAACAGAAAUAAUGUAUUUGAGUAAGAAGAUGCAAUGAUAAUUUUGUAAAAUGCGUCAUUAAAUUCCAUUUUCAAGAAAUAUUUUUUGUUUACUCGAUUCGUGUCAUAAAAUAAUGUAUGCCAACUCAAUCUUUAUUUGUCCAUUUUCCAUUUUUGUCUCACUGGGUCCUCUCCACUUCCCCUUGCCGCAGGUGACGACUGUUUUACAUUUUUACCUGUGUCCUUGUAAAAAUUAUCUUCUCUAGACAUCUGCUUCUGUUGUAGAUGGGCCUGUGGUGAUCAGAGCGUCCAGGCAAAACGAAAUAUAGCGAUGAUUACCAUGUAGUGUUAAGCUGUUAACAUAAUCAUUUGCGUUUAUUAAGUCCAUGGGAGAGUCUUCUUUGUACGCGAGCAGCAUUCUGAAUAUUUUAUUGUUCAUAGUCAGUCACCAGCGCCAAGUACUGUCUAAUCACGCGCUUUGUGUAUCCCAGGGAGAGUCGAAUGAAAUAAAGUGAAAGUCCUUAAAACUGUGACAUGAAUAAUAAUAAUAAAAAAAAUUUCAGUUGACUCUGUGUGUGGGUGUGUGUAUGUAGAGAGAGAGAGAGAGAGAGACUUUUUUAAAGGCUUGUAACUUUUGAGCUUUGUUUUGUGCAUUGAUGAUGGACGAGACUUCAACUUACAAUGACUGCAAUGCAUUGCACACCCACAUGAGUCUUAUUUGAAUCCAGAGUUGGCUAGACAGAGAAGCAAUGCCGAGGUACUCUUUAUUUAAAAACUGAAACAUUCUGGAAAUACAGAAUAGACUUUUUUUUUUAUUUUGCGGCAUACACAGAUUUUUGUUUUGUGUGCAGAAUAUGCUUAUUUGUCUCGGUGGAUGGCUUCCUUCAAAUAUUUGAUGAGACAAAGUUAACGAUUCUGCCAAGUUCAUGGCCCUUUUGCUCAGCUAUAAAUAAGCAUUACAUUCGUGUGCCUUCUGAAGGUGAAAGACCUUUCUAGCCGGACACACAAUCGACAGUAAUGUGUCCAAUAAGCGAUUAGGUUCGGCAAAGUUUUCUAUGACUACCAUUUUCCUAUUUAAUAUUUGAUAAGCAAAAUCACAUUUUCGACUAUGUGUGUUCGGGUAAGGAGGCCGCCGUCUUCUGUUCUGAUGAUGUUUAUGAUAUACCUGCUCGUUUUUCUUGCCAAAGUCACAGCUUCGUGUUGCAUUUGUGUAUCUGAAGAGUGAUGUAGUGGUGUUUUUAAUUGAACGUAAACGUGUAAACAUUCACUUUUUGCUUUGUUUACUAUACGCAUGCAUAUGUAUUCAUAGUUUGCAGUGUAAAUGCUUACAUGUAUGUAUUUGAGUUUUGCUGUGUGACACGCGCUUUGAAUUGUUUGUUAUGACUGGGCUAGAUACUCGCAUGCUUAUAAGGAAGAAUUCAAAAAUUGUCUUUAAGAUGCACUUCAAUGAGAAGAAAAUGUAAAAAAAAAAAAUGACUCCAUUAAUAAAACAAUCGACACCUUUUCGUUUUGCAGUAUCUCAUUUUCAUUUUCCGCAUCUUAAACUAUAAUACGAAAAAUAAUUGUAUACGUCUAUCAUCUAUUAAAUCGCACAAUCAUUAAAGACAAAGACUAAC